GCUCCAGGACUCUGUGCGCGCUCGGCUACGCGCGCGUCUGAUUGGUGUCCUCCGUGCUCCGCCCCAGAGGGCGCGGGUGGUGGCCGUACUGCUCGCUCUCAGUAAGUGGCGGUGCAGUGAGUUUCUACUGAGGGCGAAAGGAGACAGCCCAGAAACCUGGCCCUUAACUGCUCAAAAACCGGUAGUGAGGAGGCUGGGUGGGAUUUCAGCCCUCGAAAAGUUAGGAGGCUGUCCCCUCCCCUCCAUCUGACACCCAAGGGGUUAUUCGCCCACCUACUCCCCAAAUUCAUUCAUUCAAUUAUUUAUGGAACAUAGGCUGGUGCCAAAUGCUAUUUCUAGAUGCCUUCACACUGAUGGUAAUCAUAACCCGUUCCUAACGGAACAGUGCCGUCUUCCACAUCUCAGGCAAACGUCUCUGUGCGGCAGCCCAAUGCUCAGUACAUUCUACUCUUUUCCUUGUCCUUCACAUAUAAUUCUCCCAAAUCCUGUGCUCUCUACCUUCGGACUUCACCCCUUGUCUCACACUGCGAGGCUGGGCUCAUCAUAUAUUGUCUGGAUGAUUCACAGAAGCUCCUCAGUGACCUCCUGCUUCCAGCUAAGGUUACUUUCUCAACAGCAGCCAAGGCAAACCUUGAAAACUCAGCUCUGUGGACUGGAGAGAUGGCUCAGUGCUUAAGAGCGCUUGUCGCUCUUGCAGAGGACAUGGGUUCGGUGUCUGGACUCACAUGGUGAUCAGGGGAUCUGACACCCUCUUCCGAACUCCGAGGCCACCAGGCACGCACACGGUGUACACAGACAUACAUGCAGGCAAAACACUCAUACAUGUAAAAUAACCUAAAGAGAACCCCAGCCAGUCCUGGCCACGCCUCUCUCAAGCCCAUGUUUGUCUACUCUCUUAGUUUGGAGCAAUGGCCUUUCCAAGCCCCGCCUCUACCUUUUGGUCUUGUUUCCGGCUGUCCCCUUUUCCUCAUUGACCUCCUUGUGGCUCUUCCAAUACAGUAGCCCUGGGGUGGGGUGGGGGUCCUUUGGACUAGCUGUCCUCUCUGCCUAGAAUGCUGACACCCUCAUAUCCCGUAAUUAUUUGUCAAAGUGAGGUCUACCCCGGCCAUUCUAUUUAAACCACAAGCUGCCCACCCUGAGAAGCCCGUGCUCUAUUUCCCCAGGCAUUUUUCACCUUGUAACAUUUUCACUCUAGACGAUACUAUUAAUUGAAGAGAAGUUCGUAAACAACAACAAUAACAAAGACCCACUGCACCCCACAAGAAACCAUCCAGCUAACAAAGCAGGGUGUAGCCCAUGCUUCUCUCUCUCCAUUGUGAGGUCAGGCAGGGGAGGGACCUCAGAGCUGAGACCUAAAUGUCAAGGAGCCCUGAGGCAAGCAGUGGGGGUAGGGUGAGAAGAAAGGGCCCCCUCUGGACUUCAGGAACUGCAAAGCCGAGGGUGAGGUGAGAACCCACAAGCUCCUGGGCAGGCAUUUGAACGCAUUUGCCUUCAAGGGCUUCUGGGAAUCCCGCCUGCUUUCCCGCGGUCCUCCCUGCAAGCCUUGGAUGGACAGACACCAGGUAGAGCCUCGGGACCACAAGUGGGCUGCAGACCGGCACCGGCGGGUGCUAGAAGCCGUAAUGGCCAAUUUCGAGAGGCAGAGAGGAGGCCGACCCGAGGACUUGGUUGAGAAACUCGACAGGUUUUGCAGGCUCUGUAGGAGCUCGCCCUAAGAAGCGCCCCUAUCUGAUGACUUGCCAGGCUUGGCUCUGCCAGGGUGGGGUGGUACUGGAUGGCCGAAGAGUGGGAACUUUUGUGGGAAAAACAGGACACCCGAAUUCUUCUUCGGUGGUGGGCUGGAGACCUGUGGGUAGCCUGCGGUUUGUGCUCGGGAUUCGAGGCCAUCCUUCACCGACAAGUCCUGCGACUCAGGCCGGUCCCCACCCUCCAGGGCCUCAGUUUCCCUCCGGUGUGCGUGCUGAGACGACUUUGCAGAUCCCAAGGCCUGGUGGGUACUGGGCGGGGAGAGGCCGGGGCGGUAACACGAGCUUCACGGGCGGGGUCUCCCGGCUCCCGCGGCCACGUUCGCCGCCCGGGCGGAGGCUCGGGAUUCGGAGCAGGGGGCGACCGCAUCGCACCCGACGAGCCAGGCUCGGGUUCUGGAGGUUUUUGAUAUCCAGGUUUUUUUUUUUUUUUUUUUUUGACCCAUACAUGACCUUUGAGAUGAAUGGCAAGGAAGACUAGUCAGUCUCCUUCACAGAUGAAGUCUGAGAGCUGCAGUAGGAGCCACAGGACUGGGCUGCAGGCCUUCUGAGCUACUACCUCUCUCUCUCAGCCAUUCUGGUGGGAGCCAUGAAGCUGAACAAGAGGAGUGUGGCCCACUAUGCUCUGAGCGAUUCUCCAGCAGACCACACUGGCUUCCUUCGUACUUGGGGAGGACCAGGGACCCCCCCUGCUUCCAGUGGUGCUGGCCGGAGAUGCUGGUUUGUUCUCAAGGGCAACCUACUGUUCUGUUUCGAGAGCAGAGAAAGCCGGGCUCCUCUGAGCCUGGUGGUAUUGGAGGGCUGCACGGUGGAGCUGGCUGAGGCUCCCGUGCCCGAGGAAUUUGCCUUCGCCAUUCGCUUUGAUGCCCCUGGAGUGCGCCCGCACCUGCUGGCCGCGGAUGGCCAGGUUGCCCAGGAGGCCUGGGUGAAGGCCCUGUCCCGAGCCAGCUUUGGCUACAUGCGACUUGUGGUACGAGAACUGGAGAACCAGUUGCAGAAUGCCCGGCAGAGCCUGGCCUUGCAUCGCUGUGCGUCCCAGAAGUCUGUUGCCGGCUGCAGUAAGCCUCAGCCUCCGGACCGGCGGGCUCCGGCCCCUGAGAAUGGCCACCUUCUCCCCAGGGACCGAAACACCAAUGGUUCUGUGGAAGAAAGGGGGAGCAGGCCAGUGGGUCGGGAUUUGACUGAGUGGGAGUUACAGGGCCCUGCCAGCCUCCUCUUAAGCCGGGGACAGAGCCCUGUGUCCCCUGAGACCUCCUGUUUCUCUACCCUGCAUGACUGGUAUGGGAAGGAGAUUAUGGAGCUGAGGCGAGGUUGGCAGCAGAGGGCCAGUGGGAGCCAGCCGGAGAGCAAGCAACAGAACAGCCCCUGAGCCAGGACCUCUGAGCUGUGGCCCUGUCCUGCUGGUUGGGAUGCUGGGGUCAGUACUUCAGGAGUUAAAUGUUUACUCACUUCCCAUGGUGUGUGUGUGUGUGUGUGUGUGUGUGUGUGUGUGUGUGUGUGUGUGUGUGUUUUCUGAGGCCAGGUGGCUGAUGGGAACAUAAGGUGAUGCAGGAAGGAGGCCAUGCUCCCCGCCCCUCAAGGACACUGUAGCCAUAAUUUCCAACACAAGAAGUCUUGGGCAUCUACAUGCCAGAGGUGACUGCGGAAGUUGCUUCAGGACUGACAUUGACAUGGUUUGGGUAUGGCUCUCUGUAGGAGAGGCUCUUCCGGUGCUACAAGGGAUUCCCCCCCCCUCCCCCCCCUGCCCCCUUGUCCGUGUUGAGUGCUGGAUGGACAUUGCCCUGGGAGAGGGACAUUGCCCUGCCUAGCCUUUAUACAGAGCAACCCUUCCUGAUCCGUUGUUCAGGGCCACUCCCGGGACCCUUUCACCGAUCGCUUAUUUCCCAAGGCUUGUCUGCCAAGACCCCUCAUGGCCACUCUUGUAUAUCAGUCCAAGUAUCCUUUUCUUCUGUUCUGAGAGGUCAAAUGGCUGGGCCUACAGCGCCAGAAGCCAGGCCCACCUGUCCCCUUUAUAUAGGCGCAGUGACAGUGACUGUGGGGGAAAUGUGGGGCUUGUACCCCCUUCCCAAACAAAGUCUGCCUCUUCCUGACCUCCCUUCUUUCCCUCUCUGGGGUCUUGGGGCAGCCUGAUCAAAAUCUAUCCAGGCCUAAAGGCCAAACUCUGGCCUCCAGGAGACUCAGUUUCAUGGUCUUCUUGGCCAGGGCCAGGGCCUGUGAUGCCAGCCAUGUUUUCUCAGGCCUGCUUGUAGCAUCAUAGCCAACUGCCCUUGACUGUACGCACAGGUACUACGCCUUUGCUAACUUUAUUACAACAGUAGUUAGUGUUCGUUCUUUAAAUAGUUUGGUUUUUGGAGACCGGGUCUCACUUUGUAGCCCAUACAGGCCUGGAUCUCAUUCUUAGCUUUGCAAGUGCUGGGAUUAUAGAUAGGAGCCAUCACGCCCAACUUGCUUUUGUGAUUUGUUUUGUAGCAGGACCUGGUGGGAAGGCCUGCCAGCCUAGCCCCUUGUGUGAGCACAUCUGGCUUCAGCUUUGUUGUUUUCCUUAUAAUCAGAACAGCGAAGUUUGCAGGGUGUGGUAGCAGAGGAGCUAGAGGAGGACCAGGAAUUCAAAGACAUCCGUGACUACAUAGUGGGUUUUUUUUUUUUUUUUUUUUUUUUUUUUUUUUUUUUUACUAGACUGGGCUCCUCUCAUAAAAUUAUUCGUUUUCGUUAUUAUAAUCUAUGUUUACAAAUGAAGAGUCAGGCGUUAGAGCUGCGGUGUCCGAGGCUAGCAACGGAGUGAGCCCGGGAACCUGUCUUGCUGGUGCAACCUCCAGCAGGCAAUCCCGCUGCUUGCUUGCUCCCAGCCCUGUCUGAGAAGCUUGCUGCCCACUGCACCUGUGGUUCGAAUGCUCACGGACACUCUGGGCUCUCGUUAACUUUCUAUUGUUACAGUUCCUUUUUUAUAAAUUCAAAUGCCAAGUAAAGUUUUUCAUCAUA